AUUGGAAAGUGUCAGGGGUGGGAGCCAAGACUGGCAAUGGAUAUCACAGCAGUCCAGCAACACCUAUAGACAAGUUGUGCGAGAUCUUCAGGCACAGGCUACUUCCAGAUGAUCAGACAGAGAUUCUGGAAGGCACUACCCACUCAGGUGGUGGCCGGAUUCCACCAUGUUCCUCUUUGCUCAUAAGACCAAAACUCCCAUAAGUACCUACACAGACUCUUAUAGAGCUCCUGCUUCCAUCAAGCAAGACUAUAAAGACCCACCACUAUGGGCAUGGGAAGAGAACAAGUUUGUAAGCCCGGGCCUCAAAAAACCUAUGUUGGAGCAACAUGUUGAUCAGCAAUCAUUGGAGAAAAUGGUGAAGCGUGCUGUAGAGGAAUAUAGUUACAAGGGUUCUGUACCAGGAAACCCCUACUUGCCCCAGAAGUAUUGGAUUUCUGAAGCUGAAGCAGAGAGAUACAACCCAGCCUUUAUUAGUGGAGACAGGUAUGGAGCAUGGAGGACAGGACCAUACAACAGUUCAGGUUGGAACAAAUAUACUACCUACCUCCCAAGAUUGCCAAAGGAAGCUGGGAUGGAAACAAUGAUGCGAGGAAUGCCUUUGGACUAUCCCCCCAAACCUGAUCGUUUCAACAACUAUGAGCGAGAGGUGGUGGUCAACAUGCUGAACUCCCUGUCCAGGAACCAGCUGCCAUCCAUCCAGCCAAGGUACACAGUACCUGGCCGUUUGCCGUUCCAGGGAUAUGACAGUCCCUGCACAGGCCGACAUUACUGCCUUCGAGGCAUGGACUACUAUGCCACAGGGGCGCCCAGCAACGAGCGCCAUCUGACCCAACCGACUGUAAGAUAUGUCCCCCUUUACAACCACAGACCAGGAAUGAACUAUGCUGUCUCAUCCCACCCCCCGCCAUCACCUUAUCCCUAUACAAACCUUAGGUGGGAGAGCAGUCAUUUCAAAUUGAUUGGAGGACCCCAGAGAAAUAACUUCAUCAUUCACCCCGAGUUUGUGUCGGAGACCUACCCUAUCUACCGCUGCUGGUAGAACCAAGCCAUGGCAGGGCUGAGAGCUGGGUGGCUUAUUAAAUCAAGUUCCACCCUUCCUGCCAA